UUAGACUGACCGAUCGACAAGUACCAAUCUGGAGAGAAAGGAUGAAUUUCAGCUAUCUUGAAAAGUGGCUGCAAUUGUUUGGCCUCCUUGUCAUCACGGUUCGUGCGUUGUCUAGCGUACUUAUACGCAAACAGGAAACCGUACCAAUACCAAUCUGGAGAGAAAGGAUGAAUUUCAGCUAUCUUGAAAAGUGGCUGCAAUUGUUUGGCCUCCUUGUCAUCACGGUUCGUGCGUUGUCUAGCGUACUUAUACGCAAACAGGAAACCGUACCAAGACUGCCAAAAUUCAUCAAAGAGCCACCCGGAGUGGUAUACUAUUCAUCAGCUGACUGGAAAGGAGGUGGGCAGCACGUGAUCAAUGCUGAGCUGGAAACCACUGUCUACCCGUUCAACUCCACUCUCUCCGUGGCCGCCGCUUACAAAGAUAGUCCGGAACAUCACAUUCAGUUACCCAUAUUACGGUUGAUCGGGGACCGUGAUCAACAUGGACUACGUGAUUCGCCUAGCCAACCGUAUGCCAGCCUCAUACCUGUCACACAGUCCGCCUCAUUUCCACCGCAAAAUCCCAGCACUUUACUACGACUGGGGCUGUUCCCUUCCACACCAACCUCCGAUCAUCAAUCUUGGUUGAUUAAAGUGUACAACCUGUUUCCAAAUAUGAUUCUGUAUUUACUACUCAGCACUGAGUUGGGCACAAUCAGGACUCGACCCAUUCGGCUCAUUCCGAUUGAACUUCCACGUUUUCCACGCUAUGCCGACGAACGUCUGUCAGUGUUAAUUGGCAAUACCGGACGCGUGAUAUGUCAUCUGCCUCGAUCCCAACCCAGCCUACCCGCGGUGAACUUCUACCAUAACGGCAAACAAAUUGACAUGCUGACAGAAGCAUCCCGCUAUCGAUUGGUCUACGUCGGUGGUGACGGAUCAGGAACUCCGUGGUCUUCGGGCAGAUCAAGAGGUCCCAGGCGCGAUCCUCUGUUUUGGCAGCAAAUGCCCAGUGCUGUCAUCCUAUUCAUCCACCCUCUGGAGCUGUCCGACAGUGGAGAAUACAGGUGUGAAGCACAACUGAUGGAGCAGGUCAUCAUGGCCGAACAGAAGACCGUGUUGAACGUCACAAAACCGUUAGCGAAAGUCAAGGCAAGACUACAGUUCUCUGCAGAUGAUCCAGGACUCUCCUAUCUAUACGACAUUUACAUGUCCUCACAAAUGGUGUCCGGAAUCAGAACACUGAACGUCCCCGUGGGAUUGAACUUGACGCUGUUUUGUUUGUUCGAAGGGGCACCCAUCGUCCCCACGCGGUGGUACUACGACGGUGCGCAUAAACAUUUCAGAGAAGACUCGAAUUUCGGCAUCCUAACUAUUGACAGUGUUGAACUCAAUGACGCUGGGACCUACACCUGUUUGGCACAGUCACCGGAAAGUGAUGCAAUCAGCAAGUCGUUUAAAAUUAAAGUUACCGCCCCAGCACAUCUGGUCCCCCAACCAAAUAGCAUUGUCAAGGCUAGAAAAGGAAGCAACAUCCUCCUUGCGUGCCUACUCACCGACAAGGCGUUCACUGGAAACGGUGAAGCCCAUUCAGCAGACACAGAGAACGGAAACACCUGGCAGAAUUCCCUGGACAAACAGAAUCAUAACCGGACUGAUGGAAACCUAAUUCGUGGGUUUCAGCCUGGAACCGAUAUUGGUUGGCUGUACAACGGGAAGAGUAUACGAAAAUACCGGGACGAGGAUAUGCCACUCAUAGAGGGUAAGUA